AUGCGUGUGGGUCUGUGGAAUCCUCGCCUUUUUUGUUUUUAAACCCGUUUCAAGAGCGCUCCCCACCCCCCCUCUUGCUUUAAUUUUUUUCUUCUUCUCCGAUGUGCGGUUUUGGACAUGCGGAGGCUACUACAACCGUGUUGCUGGAUCUUUUUCUUGAAAAUUACCAUCUCCGUGCUCCAUUACGUGGUGUGCUUCCCCGCUUUGACUGAAGGUUAUGAUGGCCCCCUGCAUGAAAGUCGACACGGCAGUUUGGUGCAGAUCCGGAGGCGGAAGGCAUCUGGAGAUCUUUACUGGGCAUAUUCAGGGGCAUAUGGACCCGAGCAUUGGGUUACUUCAAAUGCGGAUUGUGGGAGAACUCACCAGUCUCCAAUUGACAUCAUAGAUCAUCAGGCACAUGUUGGAGCGGAAUAUCAGGAAAUACGCCUGGUUGGCUUCGAUAAUGAAUCUUCUAACAAGACUUGGAUGAAAAAUACUGGGAAAACUGUUGCCAUCCUUCUAAAGGAUGAUUAUUUCAUCAGUGGUGCUGGACUACCAGGAAGAUUCAAAGCAGAAAAAGUUGAAUUUCACUGGGGCCAGAGUAAUGGAUCUGCUGGCUCAGAGCAUAGCAUCAAUGGGAGGAGAUUCCCAGUUGAGAUGCAGAUUUAUUUUUACAACCCCGAUGACUUUGACAGCUUCGGGACAGCCAUCCAAGAAAAAAGGAUCAUAGGAACCAUGGCUGUGUUUUUUCAGGUCAGUCAGAGGGACAAUCCAGCACUUGAACCUAUUAUCCAUGGGCUGAAGGGGGUCGUACAUCAUGAAAAAGAGACCUUCUUGGAUCCUUUUGUGUUAAGGGAUCUCCUGCCAGCAUCUUUGGGAAGUUACUAUCGGUAUGCAGGGUCACUGACUACACCUCCAUGUAGUGAAAUUGUGGAAUGGAUUGUUUUCCGAAUGCCUGUCCCCAUCUCUUAUCGGCAGAGUCUGUUGGAAGCUAAAACUGUGCCUGUAGUGACAAAUGCCAUCCAGCUUGUCUAUGUGCUAAGUGGGAAACAAUGCCUG